GUGUGGCGGACUCGGAACGCGCGGGAGCUUGCUUGCUGCCGGGCUGAGCUUUCCGCCUCGCCGCUUCCCGAGCGCGUUGCUCCGCGGUGCCCGGCGCCGGCCGGAGAACGUAGAAGAGCGAGGGGGCCAACGGUCCGGCCUGAGGCCCAAGUCCGGGAGCGCCUGGUGCAGCGGUCGCGGGGCCGUCCCCGCGGCUGCUGCCAUGACCGACUCUCUCCCCAGAGGGGACUCUUCCUCAGCGGGUGCUGCAGAGAGAGAUGAGGAGCGGCUUCUGGCUGCAGGACCGUGAGACGGGUUAGUGGCCGGCCAGUUAGGGGAACGCCGCGGACGGCCGCCUGCGCGCUACUGGGCUGGUUGCUUUGGCCCCGAGAUUCGCGGGGGGGCGGCGGCAUGUUCCCGCGGAGGCCGCUGGCUGCCUGGCUGGCGGGGGCGCGGGGCGGGGGCCUGCUGGCCCUGCUGGCCAAUCAGUGCCGCUUCGUGACGGGCCUGCGUGUGCGGCGCGCGCAGCAGAUCGCGCAGCUCUACGGCCGCCUCUACUCGGAGAGCUCGCGCCGCGUCCUCCUCGGCCGCCUGUGGCGCCGGCUCCACGGCCGCCCUGGCCAUGCCUCUGUCUUGAUGGCGGCGCUCGCCGGCGUGUUCGUGUGGGACGAGGAGAGGAUCCAGGAGGAGGAGUUGCAGAGGUGGGUUCUGCAGCGAGCUCGUUCUGUGCGGUGGAGUGCCUUCUACAUUUUUGUUUUGGAUGUUCUUGGGUCUUCAUGGCCUUUUCUCUUUCUGCAGCUGGACACAGAGUAUAGAAAAAAGUGGGACGCCCUGGUGAUCAAGCUGGAGGUGAUCGAGAGGGAUGUGGUUAGUGGUUCUGAGGUUCUUCACUGGGUAACCCAUUUUCCUUAUCCAAUGUAUUCACGGGAUUAUGUUUAUGUUCGGCGGUAUAGUGUGGAUCAGGAAAACAACAUGAUGGUGUUGGUGUCACGAGCUGUGGAGCACCCUAGCGUGCCAGAGUCUCCGGAAUUCGUCAGGGUCAGAUCAUAUGAAUCCCAAAUGGUUAUCCGUCCCCACAAGUCAUUUGAUGAGAAUGGCUUUGACUACUUGCUGACAUACAGUGACAAUCCCCAGACUGUGUUUCCUCGCUACUGUGUUAGUUGGAUGGUUUCCAGUGGCAUGCCAGAUUUCCUGGAGAAGCUGCACAUGGCCACUCUGAAAGCCAAGAACAUGGAGAUUAAAGUAAAGGACUACAUCUCAGCCAAGCCUUUGGAAAUGAGUAGUGAAGCCAAGGCCACUGCCCAAUCUUCCGAGCGGAAGAAUGAGGGCAGUCGUGGCCCUGCUCGGAUCGAGUAUGCCUGAAGGACUUUGGGAUGAGAAGGAAUAGGUACUUCCAGCCCCGUCUCGGUCCCUUUUCACUCUGCUACAGAAUGGGGACAAGCCACAUGUGUUAGAAGGCAUCUGCUGUAACUACCAGUGCAAGAUAAUUCAAUAACUGGUGUCCGAUUUCAUUCAGAGCCCUGAUUGCUCUUAUCAACACAGAGAGAAGAAGGCUACAUCCGUGGGGGUGUUGACACAUUCUCAGGCCAACCAUUUUGAAAUUCAGUAUUUCACUCAGCUAAUCUGGAACAAACCUCUCACCUCAGGCUAGAAGGAGAUGACCUUCAUUUGCGUCCUCUGAGUAAUUUCCUCUGCUGACAUUCCAAAUCCCACCAUUGGUUUUGUGGUGCUUUGGAUUUCCUUUAGUUCUGCAGGUCCACAUGGAAAGUGUAGUUGGCUGGUUGAGUCAAAUGAGGGGUCGCUGGGAGUGUUCUUGGUAGCAGUCUUGAUGUGAAUGGGUGUGAACGAUACUUGGCCAUGUUAAGUGCCUUGUCCUCACCUUUUAUCUUUAGGGACAUGAAGUUUGUACCAAGACGUUUCUCUCCUUGCCUGCAUAAUACCACCCCAUUGACUCACUUUACCCAAAGCAGUUUCCUCUGAAUUGGCCAGUUUUUCUAUAUUCAUGCACAGAAUUCAUUGGAUCAUUGCCUCCUUCCUAACCUUAGCCCAUUUACCAAGAGCACUGGAAGAUGAAUCCUUUUAGAUAGUAGCUCCCUUUAUCAUCAGUGUAUUGAUAGGGUCAGUGGAGAGGCUCAAAACAUCAUAUUUAAAUUAAAUUUUUUUAACCUUCGUGUCAAAAAAGAGGAGUUGGGGAGUCGAGUGGAAUAUAGCUCCACUGUAUAGAAAACACCAUUUAGAUUCAGGCAUUAUUUUUCAGACUUCAGGUUUGACUUGUCCUUUUUGGAAGGCUAAAGGCAGAGAAAUGGUGGCUGGGCCACUUCCCCAGAGCUAGAUCUAUAGACAAGCUGUGUGAACACAUAGGUGUGAUCUUGCCCCAAAUACUAAUAUAGUGGGGGUGUGGUUUAUGUGACCCUCUUGUUUCUUUAAAAAGCUUUUCCUCCUCUCUUCAGAGCUAAAAUAAAACCAACUACGCUGUUCAGAUAAGGUCACCAUCAGACGGUAUCAGUUUGGCCUAGCUGGUUUUGCUGUGGUCAUGCUGCACUCUCUUGGGAGAAUAGGGAUCAAGUUUUACAUCUUCCUUCUUUUUUUCUGGAGUCUAAAUGGCUAGAUUUUUCCUUUUUUUUUUUUUCCUGCUCGCUACCCUUUUUUGGUGUUAAAAAAGUGAUCUAAACCUGAGACUAAUGUAAACCCUUGACCUUCUUGUUGCCUAUACAGUUUUGUGCCAAGGAGAUAACUGCCCCCAGUGUUUUAUGUCUUGCCUUCUCUGAGUUGUUGGCGGAGCAGAGAGAAGCAUUGAGCAGUCCCAGCUUCUUUUUAUUAAUCGCUUCUCUCUUCUCUUCUCCCCAGGACCUGAUAAAAGCCAGGGAAGAGUCCCUGGGCUAUGUCUGAACUUAACACCUGCGAUCACUGGGGCGUGGGUGGAUGUGUGAGGGAGUAUGUGUGUGCAUGCACAGGUGCUGGGAAGUUGUGGUUACUCUAUAUUCUGACUUACGGCAGUUUGACUCUGCACUUGGGGUCUGUCUGUACAGUUACCUGUGUCACUGUCAUGAUUUCACUCCUAACUGUGACAUUUUUAUCAAAUGCGUGAAUAAAUACAUAAAGAUUGGUACAAAA